GUACUAUUUCUUAAAAACGAAGAACUUCCGGUUCUAUCAGAACCAUUCUGUUAUCUUAUCACAUUUAUAUUUAUGUAUUAAAGCUAAUGGUGUGGUGUUGUUCUUAGGUCAAUAGUGAAGAAAUUAAAUGAAAUCCAUUCACGCUAUCAGGAAAUGUAUUCAACUGACGUUAAUUCCUCGUAAUCAUAUUCAGUCAAUACAAAAAGGACAUUCAUCAAAUUUUGUCAACAUGGAAAAGAUAAACAAUAACCUGGGAAACGAUACGCAUAGAGUGAUUACGAGAAGUUACAGCAAAAAGUUAAACGAGAAUAAAGAAGAAGUCAAGUCCAAAUCUGAAACGCCUUUAAUUAUUGGUCAUGACAAAGAUGACAAGGAAUUCUAUAUCCGAAUGAAUACAGAUGAAAAAAAUAAAAGCAACAAGAAAGCAAUAUUGACAUAUGAAUGGGAGCGCCCGAAAUUUGCCGAUCUUCAGCAUACCUUUGUACCGGAAGAAUUUAGAGGUCAUGGUGUAGCAAAAGUAUUAGCCGAGACUGCUUUUGAUUACUUUGUGUCGGAAGGAGCCACGAUGAGACUAUCAUGUUCAUAUCUACAGAAGUACGCCUUAGACAAUAAAAAUCCAAGACAUAUGAGUAAUAUAUCCUGGGACUAACCUGUAGCCUUGUUGCAUAGUAUACACAGACCAUCGAUAUGAUCAGUUAAAUUCUGCGAAUGUUGCCUUAUCUUUUAUUGGAUUCACUGUUUUUUUAAUCUUCAUUUUAUUUGUUAUCAGUUUAUUUGAUCAGAUUCUUUGGAUUAAUUUUGUUUUGAUUGUCAUGUAGAAGUGAAGUAUCGACAAAAUUAAACUCAAACAUUGUUUACUCUAUCUUA